CUGUCAUGAUGAUGACAUUUCUAUUUCGAUUCACGUUUCUUUCUCUUGUUUCACUAGCCCAUAAAGUCUGGACGCGUUAUUCCUUCAGAAACGGCCAACUCCAGAUCGGAGCAGCACAGCAUUUCCGCAAUGCUUUGUGUGUAUAUUAUGAACAAAAAACAAACAAAAAAGCAGGGGUCGAAAUGGGCUUCUGGGUUCACACCAUCUGGUACUCCAAGCUGCAUUGAGCUGAGAGCAAAAGUUCUACGAUCAAGAAUGGUCAUUUAUCACGACAGACAGCCAUUUUACACGUCCAGAGCCUACGAUACUGUAUGCCACACUUGGGGGACUCUACUGGGUCUUCCGAUGGGGCUUGUAUUUCUGAUUGACUGCAUGGAGCCAGUGGCCCGAUUCGAUUGGGAGCAGCUGACUGAUCCAACUACUACGAGAUUGGACUCUAUAUAUUGGAGCUUCAUAAGGGUUAAAGUGGAAAGGAAAAGAUCAUGGCAAACUGGUUGGGUUAUGGGGGGCGAAAUGAAGUGUCUCUUUUUUUCUUUAUUGUUGCGUGUUUCUAUUUUAUUCAUCUCUUCGAAAAUAUCUGCGGGUUACGGUGCUUGCUUGUAUGAUGUGGAGGGGAGGGAGGAGAGCAGACAAACUGAGGUGAAACCAGUUGAAGCUUCUUUGCUUUGACUUUGGUUGAUUUGAAGGGAUGGAAGACUUGAGCAGCUUUCUGGAUGGAGCUGCGGCAUUGGGCUUUUUUAUUGCCUUGGGGGGUUUUAUAAGGUUGGGUCCUCGCUUCUGAAACUGUACUUAGAGAUAAGACUUCGUUUGCUUUUUUCUUUUUCAAAUUUGACGUGGGGUUUGGGAUUGAAUGUGAUUUUUUCCUCUCUCUUCUAUGUUUUCAUCAUGGGCUGUGAUUUAUGUGCUUUUGCUACGAUGUUGAGA